UAUACUGCUACGCACGUACGCACCACGUGUGAGCUUUGUGUUUUACAAUAAAAAUGAUCGUGAAAGUGAUUUAAUGUAUACGUGUACAUAACAAUUUUAAACUACUUUUGGAAACUUUUUGGAUUCAUUUAAGGUGGAGGGGCAGCGCUCGCGCCGGUAAGGGGUGAUGCCGGUGCGAAAGGGGCUUCUCGCGCCCCAGAACACCUUCCUCGAUACCAUCGCUACACGUUUCGAUGGAACGCAUAGUAAUUUCGUCCUCGGCAAUGCACAAGUCCCGUCAUAUCCCAUCGUGUACUGCUCUGAUGGUUUCUGCGAGCUGACGGGUUGGGCGCGUGCCCAUAUUAUGCAAAAGGGUUGCGCAUGCAAAUUCCUCCAUGGCCCUGAUACGCACGAAGACCAUCGCCGGGAUAUUGACGCUGCCCUCGACUCCAAACAUGAACUCAAACUCGAACUUAUAUUCUACAAGAAAAUUGGGACGCCAUUCUGGUGCCUGCUUGACAUCGUUCCAAUUAAAAAUGAAAAACGAGAGGUGGUGCUGUUUCUCGCCUCUUUCAAGGAUAUUACAAACACAAAGAUGGCCGCCAUGAACACUAAUGAAGACUUUGACAGCGGAGCCGCGGUGCGGCCGUCGGCUGGCGUGGUAACUCUAGCGUUGUCCCCAUUUGUACCCGCAGCGGCACUCUUGGGAGCCCGGUUCCGAGCUGAAUCUAGUUGCCUCCUUCCAGACUCCAAUGGCAAUCUUGACCCCGAAGCGCCAUCACCCGCUAACAUGGGCAGGCGGCGCUCCAGGGCCGUUCUUUACCAGCUUUCAGGACAUUACAAACCAGAUAAAAUGAAGACAAAGUUGAAACUCAACAAUAAUCUGCUACACUCGUCCGAUCCACCGCUGCCAGAAUACAAAACGUCUGCUAUAAAAAAGUCUAAAUUUAUUAUCUCGCAUUAUGGUGUUUUUAAAACCUUCUGGGAUUGGUUAAUCCUAAUAGCAACGUUUUAUGUAGCGGUUGUUGUCCCGUAUAAUGCCAGUUUCGUUGACGAGGGACAUCCAAGAAUAAGCGUCACGAGCGAUGUUAUUGUGGAAGCACUUUUUAUUAUAGAUAUUGUCCUCAACUUUCGCACGACGUUUGUAAGCAAGAAAGGAGAAGUGGUGUCAGACUCAAAGGCAAUAGCUCUUAAUUAUAUACGAUCUUGGUUCGUGGUUGAUCUCCUGGCCGCGCUCCCUUUUGACCUACUUUACGCAUCAGAUGUAUACAGUAAGGAAUCGACACAUGGUAACGUCCACCUCGUCAAGUUAACCCGUCUAUUGCGACUGGCACGACUUUUACAGAAAAUGGAUCGGUAUUCUCAGUAUUCAGCUUUGAUUCUUACAUUACUUAUGCUUUCGUUCACGUUAUUGGCGCAUUGGCUUGCUUGUAUAUGGUUUAUUAUAGCCGAAAAAGAGAUUGAGCAUCAUAAAAAUGAAAGUUGGGAUUUGGGGUGGAUCAAUAAUUUAGCUGAGAGGUUGAAAAUCCCAAUAGGAAAUAUAUCGCACAGCGAGAGCUAUGUCACAGCGUUGUACUUUACAUGUUCGUCACUAACAAGUGUUGGUUUUGGGAACGUGUCUGCAAACACAUUGCCGGAGAAAAUCUUCAGCAUAUUAGUUAUGCUUGUUGGAGCUCUGAUGCACGCGGUCGUAUUCGGUAAUGUCACCGCCAUUAUACAAAGAAUGUACUCACGUCGAUCCAUGUAUCAAAGCAAGUGGCGAGAUCUGAAGGACUUCCUAACCAUCAACCAAGUCCCCAAGGAACUCAAGCAGCGCAUGCAAGACUAUUUUCAGACGAUGUGGUCUCUCAACCAUGGAAUCGAUAUACAUGAGACUCUGAAAGAAUUCCCUGAAGAACUAAGAGGCGAUGUAUCACUACAUUUACAUAGAGAAAUCCUGUCUCUUCCAAUAUUCGAGUCCGCUUCGCAAGGCUGCCUCAAACUCCUAUCUCUACAUAUUAGGAAUAAUUUCUGUGCACCAGGCGAAUAUCUCGUUCACAAAGGCGACGCGUUGUCAUACAUUCACUAUAUUUGUAACGGCUCAAUGGAGGUUAUGCAGAACGAUAUGGUUGUCGCAAUAUUGGGAAAGGGAGAUUUAGUGGGAUGUGACAUGAACACACACCUACAAGCCUACAACGGGACCGGGACAACACAGUCAAAUAACGCCGACGUUGUUGUCAAAUCAAGCAGUGACGUAAAGGCGCUCACCUACUGUGAUCUUAAGUGCAUUAACAUGAUUGGCCUAGCUGAAGUGUUAAGGCUGUAUCCGGAAUAUCAGCAAGAAUUCAUACACGAUAUACAACAUGACCUGACAUAUAACCUGCGGGAGGGCUACGAAGCCGAACAGGACUCUGAUGGGAAUGGUCAUCCAUCUCUAACACUACCUUCGAUAUCUGAAGACGAUGAGAACGCUGCUGAGGAGCAGACCCUGUCACCUAAAAAGCCUUUAGUUUCUAGCACUAAUAGUCCACGGCACGCGCGUUUCAGAUCGGACGGACAAGCUCGAUUAUCACAUAAGGAAUUACGUGAGAGAAUUGAGCGACAACGUUCCGUAGCUACGCCAAAGAUGUCGAGAGCCGAUUCAUUGGAAGGUUUAAAUUUAGAAAUACGUUCAUCUGUAGAAAGACUCGAUACACAGGUGUCCAGUUUACAUCAUGACGUCGCCGCUCUGAGCAUGGAGGUACGAAACGCAAUCCAAGCUCUGCAGGAAAUGACUGGUCCCGUGUGGCAUGCAGCUCAUUCCAAUCCCAAUUUACAGUGGAAUGCGCCUCCAAACCAGCUCGCUCGCAGUUGCAGUCAUCCCCCUGACGUAUUUUGUUGGGAUCAGCAGGAAAGGCCAAGCACUCCGGAACGGCCAAAAAUAAACCGAUGUACGCAGACGGAUCCUUUCUUAAACUGUGUUACACAAUACAUCAUUGAACAUCCGGCAACGGUUAUGUUACUUCUUGGCUUGGAUCCUAUGGCCAACCUGACACCAGUCAUGACGCCACCCGUUCCAUACUACGAUACUCACGGCAGACGACCCAGUGCCUUGGAACAGAUUGCGGAGUCAGAAAACGGUAGCCAGUCUCCGUCCAGUACUGUCGAAUCCUGUGCAAGUCCCACCGGAAGUGUCAAAUGCAUUGUGCCAGAGACAAAGAAGUUUUCCGAUAAAGACUCUAAAGGAAUAAGACGGAAUAGGUAUUCCGCGAGUGAUAUCUGUGAAGUGACUGAACGAUUGCUCCCGACAAAAGCGGCAAAUCAAAGUACAUACAGUCUCAAAAAUAAUAACUUUUAAGUGAUAUUCCAGUAUGCUCAUUAGUAAAUAAUUCAAUUAUCGGUGUUAGUUUUGAUCGAACGAUGUUUUAAUCCAAACAUAUUUUUCUGUACAUAUCAGAUGUACUGUUGAUAAAAGCUGUUUAUUUGUCUAGUCAUUAAGAUUAAAUUUAUGUAUAUAAAAGUUCUUUAGAUGUGUUAAUUUUAAAAUCCUUGAAUACUGUUUAUAUAAACGAGUAUCUUGGUAAUAUCUAAGUUUGCCAGUUAUUAACUUCGACAUUCAUGUCAUAUCUUGGUAGAGACGGGGAACUCUGCAAAAUUAUAUUAUUGCCCAAAAACCGUAUACCGUACACACGGACCUAAAAUCAAAAAAAAUUAAAAAGUGAGUUGUAGAACUGGCGUAAUUGCACCGCGCAGCAUAAUUUAUCUCAGGCGGUGCUAGUUCUGAUGUUCAUGGGCUAUAGACCAAACAUUUGUUUAUAAGAAAUUAAUUAACACGUAAUAUUUCAAGAAAAUACAAUUUAACCUGUUUAAUAAUCACAUCACUUCAGCGUCUGUGUAUAACAUGCAGUUCCAUCCGAGACAAUUCAGGCUGAAAUACUUGCGUCAGUCACAUAAUUUUUAUUCAACUUUAAAUUUGAUAGUAAAAGUGUUUUCUAAAAAUUGAAGUGGAAAAGAAAUUGUGUUAAUCUAUGAAUACCAUAACAGAUUAAAUACUCAAAAUUUAUAAUUAGUAUAUUUUUUUAUAUCGGAAUUAGCACCUAAACAAAGUAUUUAACUCAUACAUAUUUCUGAAUGUGCCAAUUAUGAAAUAACGUCUUCCUUAAUAAAAUAUAGUAUUAUGCAAGAAAUGACUGUAUAAACUGUUCCCUAUAAUAACAAAAUAAGCAUAGAACCAAAACCAUUUUAAAUUAAACAGGUGUGUUCUAUUCUACAAUUCAUCAGUGCAGUUUCAUCGGUUGUGAAUUCUGCAUAAAUCCAUAUUAAUGUAAUAAUCAAUUAACAUAUAUAUUCGACUUAUUAAUUUAUUUUCAGUCCUAAACAUAUCACAAAAAUAUAC